UGUAGCGCUGACGUGCGUCAGGAAUGUUCGGAUGCUUUGAUGUUUCAUUCGACGUUCGAAAGUGUAUCGCGCACUUUUAAAGCUGCUUCGGAUCCGCAGAUCGGCUCGAGAUGAGACGGCAGGUCGCUGGGCUUCGUGCUGUUGUUUGGCCAGAUGAGAGGCGAUUCACGAGCGCUUCUGGUCCUAUAGGCGCGUAUUGUUGAAGCUCAAUGGGAUGUGUAGGGAACGCUGGCGGUUACUUUUAUUUUUAAGCGUUAUUCUGCGCACAGAACGGACGGUGGAUGUGCUCGUAAACUCUAUUGAACUCUAGACUCACCGGAGAUCGUUGCAUUUCGGCUUGAUUGCAUGCGACUACGGUCUUUAGCUCUCAUCACAUUUUAAAGUACUUUGCGCUUCGUCUAUAUUGGUUCUACGUGUAUUAUGCGCCGUAAUUCAUGGCUUAGCGUUUGACAUUAGGUUUUGGCGUGGACGAUCUGGAAGUUUUCUGUUUCAGAAUAGAAUGGCUGACAUAAAACUGAUUUUCGAGUGAAGUUUGAGCUCCUCCUGACAAAACUUGAAGUCGCUGUUCAUCCACAGCUCCUUUAUAUGUUCUUCUUAAAGUGGUGACAGUGAGCAGUGGUGCUGAGAACCAUGGAGCAUCUCAGCGAAACAUGCCAGGGGAAGGAGAACUGUGAGAUGGUCAACAACCUGAAUGACACCAAGGCCCCUCCGGCCAAAAUGGCCCGCCUGGAACAGAACGGAAGCCCGCUGGGCAGGUCUCAUCUAGGUAGCACUGGAGCGAAACUCUCCGGAGUGCACUUCAAACCCCCUGGACAUCAUCUGAAGGCCUGCCACAAGAGGGGUAACAUGCUGCCAGUGUUUUGUGUGGUGGAGCACUACGAGAGCCCCAUCGAGUUUGACAGCAAAGAGGAACAUGCUGAGUUCGUUCUGGUCAGGAAGGACAUGCUCUUCAACCAGCUAAUCGAGAUGGCCCUGCUCUCCCUGGGCUACUCGCACAGUUCGGCUGCACAGGCUAAAGGUCUGAUUCAGGUGGGCAAGUGGAACCCCGUGCCUCUUUCCUACGUGACGGAUGCACCCGACGCCACAGUGGCGGACAUGUUACAGGACGUGUACCAUGUGGUCACGCUGAAAAUCCAGCUGCACAGUUGUCCUAAACUGGAAGACCUUCCUCCAGAGCAGUGGACCCACUCUACAGUAAGAAAUGCGCUCAAGGAGUUACUCAAAGACAUGAACCAGAGCUCUCUGGCAAAAGAAUGUCCCUUAUCACAGAGUAUGAUUUCUUCAAUUGUUAACAGCACUUACUAUGCAAAUGUGUCUGCGGCAAAGUGUCAAGAAUUCGGACGCUGGUAUAAACAUUUCAAGAAGACAAAAGACAUGAUAGUCGUGCGCCAGCCCUCCCAGCUGGAGGGCUACCUGGGGACGUGUGUCCUCCACGACAGUCCACGUGCCACCACGUUAGCUGAGAUGGACAGUCUGUCUGAUCUUUCUCCACCCGGAACCAACCACCUCAGCUUCAGUCAGCAGCCCAUCCCGGGCAGCACGGCCGAGCAGUCCCCGUCCCCGGUGCCCCUGUCCCACAGCAGUCAGGCCCCCGGCCGCGCUCAGCUCCCCGGCCUGCACCCCGGCCUGGUGUCUACCCCCAUCAGCCCUCAGCUGGUGAAUCAGCAGAUCGUCAUGGCUCAGAUCCUCAACCAGCAGUACGCCGUCAACCGUCUCCUGGCCCAGCAGUCCCUGAGCCAGCAGUACCUCAACCACCCCCCCGUCAGCCGCGCGCUCAACAAACCGCUGGACGCGCAGCUGUCCACCAACUCUGAGGUCUCAUUGGAGAUCUACCAGUGGGUCAGAGACGAGCUGAAGAGGGCGGGAAUCUCCCAGGCCGUGUUCGCCCGUGUGGCCUUCAACAGGACGCAGGGCCUUCUGUCUGAGAUUCUUAGAAAAGAGGAAGACCCCAAGAUAGCGUCUCAGUCGCUCCUGGUCAACCUGCGAGCGAUGCAGAACUUCCUGCAGUUACCGGAAGUGGAGCGCGAUCGCAUCUACCAGGAUGAGAGGGAGCGCAGCUUGACCGCGGCCUCUGCUAUGGGCCCCGCGCCCCUCAUCAGCACCCCUCCCACACGCCCUGUACAGCCCAGAAGAGAGGAGUGUAACAGUGUGAGACCAGAAGACUGGAAUCCCAGAAUUCCAGUGGGCAUCUCUCCUGUGAAGCCCAGCCCUCUGUCCUCAGAGUGGAACGGGAAAUCGGAGAACUGUGUGUUAAACAUCAACUCCUCCAUCUACGACGAGAUCCAGCAGGAGAUGAAGAGGGCCAAAGUGUCCCAGGCCAUGUUCGCCAAGGUCGCCGCCUCGAAGAGCCAGGGCUGGCUCUGUGAAUUGCUGCGUUGGAAAGAGGACCCGUCUCCGGAGAACCGCACGCUCUGGGAGAACCUGUCCAUGAUCCGCCGGUUCCUCAGUUUGUCCCAAGUGGAACGUGACGCUAUAUAUGAGCAGGAGAGCAACGGAGGACCGCAGCACCAUGUGGACAGACCUCCUCACCUGCUGCACAUGCCCACCGACCCAUUACAGACUCAUCAACAGCCUUCCUCUCAGCUCCAAGUGCCGCUGCCCCUGCCGCACCCCUCACAGCCUCCUCUAUCCCAGCAUCCCCUGCAGCAGACGGGACCGCGGCUGCCCCCGCGGCAGCCCUCCGCGGCUUCGCCCGCCGAGACCGAGGACGAGAGCCGCUGCAAGAGCCGCCAAGGCAACCGCAUCUCCAUGGAGGCGCUGGGCAUCCUGCAGAGUUUCAUUCAGGACGUGGGCCUGUAUCCAGACGAGGAGGCAAUCCACACGCUCUCGGCACAGCUGGACCUGCCCAAACACACCAUCAUCAAGUUCUUCCAGAACCAGCGCUUCUACAUCAACCACGCCGGCAAGCUGAAAGAGCCGCCCCUGGGGCCAUUCCCCUCCAACAACAACAACAAGGACGAGGGCCUGACGGACUUCAAGGGGGACGAGCUGCUGACCGAGCUGGACGAGAGCGUGCAGACCAACAGCACCAUGUUCUCCAUUAAAAUGGAAGAGCACCUGAUGCACGAAACGCACGCCAUGAGACAGGCCCAAACUGAGCAGGAGGCCAAAGAGUAACGGACGGCAUUCUUUUGCUUCUGGUGUUAUUCUCGUUCACUCUUGUCUGUGUUCCAUGAGCGAAACUGUAAGACUUUUUACACGAGACUGAAUAAUACAGAGAUGAUUAACUUUCACAGUUUUGUAAAGCGUGGACUAUUUCACUGUAAAGACUCGUGCAUCAUUUCAAUAAUCUGCACAACGAAACGAAAUGUAAAAAGAAAAAUCCUAAAGGAAUAGUUCACUCCUAAAUGAAAAUGUUGUUUCCUUUCAAGUGAAUGGCGACUUGGGCUGUCAAGCUCCGAAAUGCACAAAGGCACAAUAAAAUAAGUUUUAUGAAAGUCAUUUUAUGACAGGGUAAUGGUAUAUAUC